UGGCGAUACUACGCGAAAGAAACUGCCAACGUAGCAUACAGGACUACCGGUUGUCAAGUAAGAACAACUCAUCAACAUCUCGAACGGAACAUUUUCAUUCACCCGUCUGUACAACGGUUCAUCUUAUUUCUCUUAGCUCUUGUGUUGUGGUGUAUUGCAUAUUGUAUAAAGAAAUGGAUAACCAUGUCCUGGAACCUUCUCUGUAUGUAAUUAAAGGAAUUGCAAUCCUUGACAAUGAUGGUAAACGUAUUCUUGCAAAGUACUAUGACCCAAACACAUUACCCACUGCAAAAGAACAGAAGGUUUUUGAAAAAAACCUAUUCAACAAAACACACCGAGCUAACACGGAAAUCAUUAUGCUAGAAAACAUGACUUGUGUCUACAAAAGCAAUGUGGAUCUUUAUUUUUAUGUCAUGGGAAGUAGCCAUGAAAAUGAGUUGAUCUUGGUUAGUGUUUUAAACUGCUUGUAUGAUUCCAUCAGCCAAAUACUUAGAAAGAAUGUGGAAAAGCGUUCUCUAAUGGAAAAUCUUGAUGUGGUUAUGCUUGCUUUGGAUGAAAUAUGUGAUUCUGGGAUUAUUCUGGAAUCAGAUCCCACUGCUAUAUCAUACAGAGUAGCUCUUCGGAAUGAUGACAUUCCAAUUGGGGAGCAGACAGUGGCCCAGGUGCUUCAAUCGGCAAAGGAGCAGCUAAAAUGGUCUCUUCUGAAAUAAGGAUCUAAACUAUUUCAACCACAAUAAAUUCCGGUCGUUGAAUCAUCCUUAUCAUUAUUUUUCUCCUUUUCCAAGUUGUUCUAUAAAAAAAAUACAAAUCUGUUCUGUU